CAUAUUUUGACAGUUGCUUCUUGUAGCUAGAGAAACUAAACGAAAAUAAAGAAAAAUAUUGAUAAAUAUGUCGUUUUUUAAUGUCGGUGCUCUCGGUGGCAAUCCAUUUUCUACUUUAGUGGGCCAAAAAAUAGAAAAGGCUACCGAUGGAGGCUUGGAAGCAGAAGAUUGGUCUCUUAACAUGGAGAUAUGUGACUUGGUAAAUGCAUCUGCAGAAAAUGCUCGAGAUGCCGUAAAAGCCAUUAGAAAAAGACUGCAACAAAGCACAACCAAAAAUUAUACUGUUGUACUAUACACUUUAACAGUGUUAGAAACCUGUGUCAAAAACUGUGGACGACCACUUCAUGUCCAAGUCUGCGCUAAAGACUUCAUACAAGAUUUGGUGAAACUAAUUGGGCCUAAAAAUGAUCCACCUCCUGUAGUGCAAGAAAGAGUCUUGAGUUUAAUUCAAAGUUGGGCGGAUGCUUUCCAAAAUCAACCAGAAUUGUCUGGUGUUGUUAGUGUGUAUUCAGAACUGAGAAACAAAGGAAUAGAGUUUCCUGCUCCAGAUGUGGAUACAGCAGCACCCAUUCACACACCACACAGAAGUGUUCAUGAAGAUGAACCUGCUUUAUCACAUUCACCACGCCAACCCGCACCAAUGCAUCAACCUCAGACUUCUUCAGAUUUGAGUCCUUCGCAAAUUGCUAAACUUCAAUCAGAAUUGCAAAUGGUUACAGAAAAUAUGUCUGUGCUUGGUGAAAUGCUAACAGAACUCAGACCCGGACAAGAGCAUCCUGCAGACUUACAAUUGUUACAGGAGCUCCAUUCAACAUGUCGCUCAAUGCAAACACGGAUUGUGGAUUUGAUAAGUAAAUUAUCAAAUGAUGAAAUCACAGCAGAACUUUUGAGAAUCAAUGACGAGAUGAAUAACUUAUUUUUGAGAUACAGCAGGUUUGAAAAGAACCGUGGCAUUACUUCACCUUCACAAGUUCUUGGCAAAGCUAUGGGUGUUCCACAAACAACAAAUUCAGGUGAACCUGACAAGACAGAUAUAGGACCGGAUUCGUUAAUUGAUUUGAGUGAAGUGGCUUCUGGUGGUUCUGAUAUUGACACAAAAUUUUCCAAUUUAAAAAUAGAUAAAAAGCCUGUUGCAACUUCACAACAAGGAAUUGAUGAAUUUGAUAUGUUUGCACAAUCGAGAAACAUUUCUAGUGAGGGAUCAACCAGUGCUAUGAAGGAAGGACACGGUUUGGACUUAUUAUCAAAUACACAUAAAAAUGUACCACCAACAAUUCCACAAGCCGGACAACUUCCAAGGGAUUCUGAGUUUGAUGAAAUUGCUGCUUGGCUUGAUGAAAAGGUUGAAGACAAAGCCCAAGUUCCCGAAGACAGUAUUACAAGCAGUGAAUUUGAUAAAUUCCUGGCAGAACGGGCAGCUGUUGCUGAAACUUUGCCAAAUAUUCCACCGACUACACAAAGUAAUCAAUCAAAUAAUGAAAGCAAACGAUAAAAUAUUAUUUAAUUGAUUUAAUUAUUCAAAGGUAAGGUAUAAUAAUAUAAUAUGGCUUUUGGUUGUUACACGUGCACAGAAAUAUGUUUUUUUUAAUAAAGCUCAACAAUAUUUAGGUGUCAGAGAAUUAAAACAUUAUUCUGUGUUGUAAAUGUUAAAAUGCA